AUGCGACAACUCGCCGUCAACCUUUUCUCUAUCACGAAAUACACUCUGGUAACGAUAGACGGCAUGGCGACGAAUGGCUUUGACGGUCCUCCUCCUGGCCCUCCGCCAGAUUCCACCGAACGCCCACCCUCGCCGCCACCUCCACCUCCAGAAGACAUGGCCGCUCCACCGCCGCCGCCAGAUGCUGCGGCACCUCCACCUCCCCCCGAUGAUGCGCCACCUGCCCCCCCGGGUGGAACUAAGAAGAAGUCAGGAUGGGGCGGGCCCAAACGUCCUGCUGCGACACCUUUGAGUGUGGAGGAGCUAAUUCGAAAGAAGAAGGAAGCGGAUGCGGCAGCUUCAAAGGUACGUACAUCUCUUAAAGCAAUGAGGAAUAUGCAUCUGGGUGACGAUUUACUAAUGUUUAUUUCCUUGCAGCCCAAGUUCCUAUCCAAAGCUCAACGAGAGAAGCUUGCGCUAGAGAAACGGGCCAAAGAAGUGGAAGCUGAGCGACAGGCGAAAGCUUCCACCAAUGGAGCUGAUCGCAAUGGAUUCUCGUCAGAAACACCUGCAAAGAAAUCCGAAAAUGCUAGACAUGAUGAACGAGAUUCAAAUGGAAGAGUUCCAACAGGACCACGUGCGAUGCGCGGAGACGUCCCCACGGGUCCGGCUUCGAUGCGCAACUCCAACGGAUACAAUAACCGGAAUCAGGGCUCGGAAAUGCCACCACCACCACCACCAAAGGGGAAGGGUUCGAAGGCUGAUAAGCGUCCGGUGGAGGGAGAUGAAACUGAAACACAAGCUGCUCUGAUAAAGCAACGAUACAUGGGAGUCGAGCAGACCUCAACCUUCUCCGCGAAGAACAAGCGCAAGCGCACGACGGACCGCAAAUUCAACUUCGAAUGGAAUACUGAAGAGGACACUAGUCUUGAUUACAACCCAUUAUAUCAACACCGACACGAAGCAAACUUCUUUGGCCGCGGCCGACUGGCAGGAUUCGGAGAGGAUGUUGCAGAUAGUGUGGCCCGCAAGUAUGCGCAAGCCUUGGAGUCUCGAGAUGCAGAGUCUGGAGGUCUGCGCGCUAAGGAGAUCCUGGAGAUGGAGCGGCGACGUCGCGAGGAGAGCUCCCGAAGCCAGUUGGAUAAACACUGGAGCGAGAAGUCACUGGUCAACAUGCGCGAACGAGACUGGCGUAUCUUCAAGGAAGAUUUCAAUAUCAGUAGCAAGGGUGGCGGUAUUCCCAAUCCCAUGCGCUCAUGGGAAGAGAGUGAUCUGCCUAAGCGCUUGCUAGAGCUAAUUGACCGUGUUGGAUAUAAGGAGCCGAGUGCCAUCCAGCGCUCUGCAAUUCCCAUUGCCCUGCAAAACCGCGAUCUCAUCGGUGUUGCCGUGACUGGUUCCGGUAAAACAGCGGCAUUCCUACUUCCCCUUCUGGUGUACAUUUCAGAGCUGCCCCGACUCGACGAGUUCGAGUGGCGCAAGAACGACGGCCCAUAUGCCCUUGUCCUCGCACCCACCCGUGAAUUGGCCCAGCAGAUCGAGAUCGAAGCCAGAAAAUUCACAGCACCCCUUGGCUUCAACGUCGUCAGUAUUGUCGGUGGUCACUCGCUCGAAGAGCAAGCAUACAGCCUGCGCAACGGUGCAGAACUUAUCAUCGCCACACCAGGUCGUCUCGUCGACUGUAUCGAGCGCCGCAUGCUAGUUCUCAGCCAGUGCUGCUACGUCAUUAUGGAUGAAGCAGAUCGCAUGGUCGACAUGGGUUUCGAAGAAUCCGUCAACAAGAUCCUCGACGCACUCCCCGUCUCCAACGAAAAGCCCGACACCGAAGAAGCCGAGAACCCACGCGCAAUGAGCCAAAACCCGGGCGGUGGUGCCAAAUACCGCCAAACAAUGAUGUACACAGCCACGAUGCCUACAGCUGUCGAGCGUAUUGCACGGAAAUACCUGCGCCGCCCCGCAAUCAUCACAAUUGGUAGCGCCGGUGAAGCCGUUGAUACGGUCGAGCAGCGCGUCGAGAUGGUCCCCGGCGAAGACAAGCGCAAGAAGCGCCUUUCAGAAAUCCUCAACUCAGGCGAGUUCCGCGCCCCGAUCAUCGUUUUCGUCAACAUUAAGCGAAACUGUGAUGCAAUCGCACGCGAUAUCAAACACAUGGGCUUUUCAUCUGUUACAUUGCAUGGUUCCAAGACACAGGAACAGCGUGAAGCCGCCCUCGCUUCCGUGCGAAAUGGUUCCACAGAUGUACUGGUCGCUACUGAUCUUGCUGGUCGUGGUAUCGAUGUCCCCGACGUCUCGCUCGUCGUUAACUUCAACAUGGCUACCUCUAUAGAGAGCUACACUCACCGUAUCGGUCGUACUGGUCGUGCCGGAAAGAGUGGUGUCGCUAUUACAUUCCUGGGUCCGGAGGAUUCAGAUGUCAUGUACGAUCUGAAGCAGAUGCUUAUGAAGUCGCCUAUCUCGCGUGUGCCGGAGGAACUACGUAAGCACGAUGCAGCGCAGUCUAAGUCCACGCGUGGACAGGGAAAGAAAAUCGAAGACAGUUCUGGCUUUGGUGGAAAGGGUGGCUGGGCGUGA